AUGUCUGUUUCUGUUACCGUCACCUCCGCCGUGGGACCCUUUCUUUCCCGAUCCCGCCGGCGUUCAACGACGGCCCUCCGAUCCAGCAAGGUUUCACUUGAACAAACGAAAUUAUUAACGAAACUGAAACAAGAGUGUGCCACUCCUCUUCCCCUUCUUCAGCAUGUGGCCGAUACCAUGUCUUCUGAAAUGCGGGCCGGGCUUUCCUCCGUAGACGGGCCCGGGCUUCCCAUGAUACCUACAUAUGUCCACACUCUUCCCACCGGGAAUGAGAAAGGGUUGUUUUAUGCAUUGGAUCUUGGUGGAACAAACUUUCGUGUCUUGAGAGUAGAGUUAGGUGGCAAAGAUGAUCGUGUUAUUUCCACUCAGUUUGAACAAGUUUCUAUACCUCAUGAUCUCAUGUUUGCUACAUCCGAGGAGCUGUUUGACUUCAUUGCUUUGGGGCUAGCUAAAUUUGUAGCAAAAGAGGAUGGUAAAUUUCAUUUUCCACCGGGAAGAAAGAGAGAAAUUGGAUUCACAUUUUCAUUUCCUGUGAAACAAACAUCUAUUGAUUCUGGCAUACUAAUCAAGUGGACUAAGGGUUUUGCUGUCUCUGGAACUGUAGGACGAGAUGUGGUUGUUUGUUUGAAUGAGGCUAUGGAAAGACAAGGACUAGAUAUGCGAGUUUCUGCUCUGGUUAAUGAUACUGUUGGAACACUAGCUGGAGCAGAAUACUAUGAUAAUGAUGUUAAGGUUGCUGUUAUUUUGGGUACCGGAACCAAUGCUUGUUAUGUCGAGCAGAUAAGUUCCAUUCCAAAAUUACAAGGUCAUGUUGCUUCUUCUGGUAAAAUGAUCAUUAGUACUGAGUGGGGGGCUUUCUCCAAAGGUCUACCUUUAACCGUGUUUGAUAGAGAAAUGGACGCUGCUAGCAUCAAUCCGGGUCAGCAGAUCUUUGAGAAGACAAUCUCAGGAAUGUAUCUAGGAGAAAUUGCGAGACGAGUGCUACUCAAUAUGGCUGAAGAGGAUGAUUUGUUUGGAAGUUCUGUCUCUCAAAAACUGUCUACGCCGUUCAUACUUGGGACUCCCGAUCUAUGCGCCAUGCAUCAGGAUGAUUCUGGCGAUUUACAAAUUGUCGGGUCCCUCCUUUAUGAUAAAGCAGGGGUUGAAUCCAAUCUAAGGGAAAGAAAAGCAGUUCUAGAGGUUUGCGACACAAUUGUAAAGCGAGGCGGUAGCUUAGCUGGUGCAGGAAUUGUAGGAAUUCUGCAAAAAAUGGAAGAGGACUCAAAAGGUGAUUUCUUUGGAAAGAGAAGUGUCGUUGCCAUUGAUGGGGGUCUGUAUGAAAAUUAUCCUCAAUAUAGGACUUACUUGCAAGAUUCAGUAAAGGAGCUAUUAGGGACAGAAAAAUCAAACAAUGUGGUCAUAGAACACUCAAAAGAUGGUUCUGGUAUUGGAGGUGCUCUAUUGGCAGCUUCAAAUUCAAUGUACAAGCAAGAUUGA